AUGGACGACCACUCCGUAGGGGAGUUGCGCAACGCGGCACGUGAUGCUCUCCAGCAACGGAAUUCGGCUUCAGUUGUACUGCCAGAGUCUAGACUUGCCAGCAUCGCAAUUCCUGCUGAUCUUGGCUGGCUUAAAGGAUAUGUGUCAUCUCAAAAUGAUGCGAGCAAUACAGAGAUAUGCGAAACCCUUCUGUUUGCCCUGGGAUUCCUGAAGGGCUGGGGAUCUAGGAGUUUGUCGGAGCAAGACAAAGACUCUGUCAAUUACCUGUAUGAAUGGGCAAGCAGUGCUGCGCUCCCAUCACCAGUGUUUGCAGAAAUACAGGAACUGGAUGAAAAGAGAGACCUGGCUGAAGAGGAUCAGCUGCGGUCAAAUAUAGCAAUGUCGGUUAUUAACUUGCUGGCUGAGUUGCUUCCGAUUCACGACGCAGAAAAUGCAUCGGACAUCAUCAUUGCGCUGGCGAGCUUCACCUCUAAUCACGAUCCAUGGACGUCACCAGAAACCCAGGCUCGUGCAAAUGCUUUGCUGACAGUACAAUUCACCUCCUUGCGCUCGGAUCCGGAUGAAAAUGAAAUUUUCUGGGCCACGAUAGAAGACACCCUGAAGCAAAAGAUCCGGCCUCUGUUCGCAAAGACCAAGAACCCUGCCAUCACAGCCUCUGGCCGCAAGAACUUCCACCCUGUGCCUUUGCCUCGGUUUGACGCCAGCAUGCUGGACCCAGAAACGAAGCCGUGGAAAAUCCAAAAUGUCUACGCUACCACCGUCCUUUCCUGGAUCAUCGCCCAGUAUCAGGCCACCGACCGCGACCACCUAGAGGCACACUUCCCCCUCCUCGUCCCGGCCAUCCUAACCUUGAUCGACGACGACAGCCUCCCCUUCAAGAUCCGCGGCUGCCACCUUGCCUCCGACCUGCUCAUCCCCAUCAGCGGCAGCAAAUCUGACAUCCUGCGGCGCACCAACCUCUCCUCCGUCUUCGAAGACGCCAUCCGGCCCUGUCUCCUCUCCCUCCCGAGCAUCACGCCCGAAGACGAGUCCAUCGAACUCCUCAGCGCCGCCUAUCCCGCGCUCCUCUCCGUGCUCAAAACCAACGCGCAGAACUCCUUCCCCAUUCCCCCCCAAAUCGCCACAGAAGCCUACAUCGCGUCCAUCACCAAAACCCUCCGCGAGAACCUCAUCCCUUCCUUCCACCACAUCAGCUCCGCCACCUCCGCCUCCACCCCUUCCUCCUUCGCCUCCUUCCCGCACCCCCGGCUCUCCACCCUCCUCCUCGACCUCAUGCACCCCCUCCUCCUGGACCUCGGCGUCCACGCCGCCAAAUACCUCCAGGAUAUCACACCCCUCGUGCACACCACGCUCUCGAACCCCUUCGGCCCCGCGCACCCACCCCUCCUCCUCUCCGCCGUUGGCCUCCUCCGCGCCGUGAUCCUCACCACCCACCCGCGCCUAUGGCGCUGGCGCGGGGAGAUCCUCGGCGCCCUCUGCGCGUGCUGGCUACACACCAUGGAAGAAGAAUCCGAGAUGACCGAGCGGGCGCAAACCGGACAACUAACCGAGACAGACCGCGCGCGCGCAGCCGAAACCCUGCGACUGAAAAAGGAUCUGCGGGGCGUGAGCUAUCUAUUGAAGUUUGCGCUGCAGAAUCCAGAGCGAGGGAGUCGUGAUGCGGGCCAGAUCGAGGCUAAGGAGAGUAUCGAGAAAGAGCUAAGGAAGCUCGUAGAGGCGGAUCAUGUCCUGGAGGGGCUGUUUGAUAUGGAUUUUGAUACCACGGAUGCGGCGUAUUUCGGGGUGCGGGUUUGA